GGGAGGUGCGGCCGGGUUGCUACAGCCAGAGCUGGGCGGCGGCGGGCGCUGUCUGAGGAGUCUCGCUGAUCCCGAGGCGGAGACGCAAUGGAGGGUCUGGAAGAAAAUGGAAGUGUUCAAGUUGGAGAAUUGUUACCUUGCAAGAUUUGUGGAAGAACAUUCUUUCCAGUAGCAUUAAAAAAACAUGGGCCCAUUUGUCAGAAAACUGCCACUAAAAAACGGAAGACUUUUGAUUCAAGCAGACAAAGAGCUGAAGGAACUGAUAUUCCAACAGUAAAACCUCUUAAACCAAGGCCGGAACCACCAAAGAAACCAUCUAAUUGGAGAAGAAAACACGAAGAAUUCAUAGCCACCAUAAGAGCAGCUAAAGGCCUUGAUCAGGCACUUAAAGAGGGUGGAAAACUUCCUCCUCCUCCUCCACCUUCUUAUGAUCCUGAUUAUAUUCAGUGUCCAUAUUGCCAGAGGAGAUUUAAUGAAAAUGCGGCUGAUAGACAUAUAAAUUUCUGUAAAGAACAGGCAGCACGAAUUAGUAAUAAAGGGAAAUUUCCUACUGAUACCAAAGGAAAACCAGCUUCUCGAACACAGUAUAAGCCACCUGCACUUAAAAAGACAAAUUCUCCUGGAACCACAUCAUCAGGAUCUUCACGGUUACCACAACCAAGUGGCACUAGCAAAACUGUUGUAGGUGUGCCUUCAAGUAAAGUGUCUUCAGUUAACAGCUCUUUAGGAAACAAACUUCAGACUUUAUCUCCUUCUCAUAAAGGCAUAGCAGCCCCUCAUGCAGGUAAGAUGGACAAGUUAGGCCCUCCACUUCGAACUGGAAGACAUGUGCAAAGGUUGUAUGACAGUGAUACAAAAUCAGACAGUGCCAUCAAAAGACAUGAGUUAUUACCCAUUUACAAAACUAACAUCAAAUCUCGAAAUUCUACGCCACCUAGUUUGGCAAGAAAUCCUGCUUCAGGUGUGCUUACAAGCAAAAGAAAAACAUAUACCGAAAGCUAUAUAGCCAGGCCAGAUGGAGACUAUGCAUCUUCACUUAAUGGUGGAAACAUUAAAGGCAUUGAAGGAAAUUCAUCUGGACACUUACCAAAAUUCUGCCAUGAGUGUGGGACUAAAUACCCUGUAGAAUGGGCAAAAUUCUGCUGUGAAUGUGGCAUUCGAAGAAUGAUUCUGUGAACAGACUUCCAAAGAAAAAAACAGCCAAGUUCAGAGUUUUAUGAUUAUUGCUGCUUGGAAAGCUAGAGCACUUCCUCUAGUUAUGUUGUGCUAAAAAAUAUUCAAAAUACCUUUUCCAGUAAUUUUUGAAACAUAUCUUUUGGCUGUGUAAUUGUGUGUGUGUGUGUGUGUGUGUGUGUGUACAUAUACUAUAUAUAAUAAAAACCUGAUUCCCCAAACUGUGCCAGUCACAGAAAUAUCCACUGUCAUAAAAUAAUUUCUAGUGGAAUCGUUAAUUUAUUUGUACCAUUUUCCUUGUUUUAAGGGCACAUUAAGUAUACCUCCAACAACUUUCAUACUCAAGUGCUUAACAUUUCAAAUUCAGGAUAAUCAUAACUUUGAGCAAAAAAAUCGAAUAAAUUGUUUCACUAUUGGUGCCUGUCUUCAGAUACUAUCAUAAUUGGAUGGGAUGCUUGGCAUUUUGUAAUUAAAGAGGAUGUUCUCUGUUAUAAUUAGUUAUGUGAGGUCACUUUUCUCACAAACUCUUUGACAACUACUUUUAUAAAUGCUAAAAAGUAAAAAUAGAGGAAGAAACUUAUGUUCUUUAUUUGGUAUACUAUUAAUAAUAUAAUUUAAAGAUCUUUAUUCUGUGAAAAAUAGAAUAAUGCAGUUUUAUUUUCAGAAACACAAGACUUAAAAUACAAAUAUUCUGUUCGUACCUGAUUUUCCCGUGGAUAAUGAUUGAAUAUUCUUUUUAUUUCCAGUAGUGUUCCUAAGUGUCAUUUUUUUCUUUUUCAUAACUUGUCUGGAGUAGUUUUAAUUUACUGUUUUAUUUUUUGCAAUAUUUGAAAAUGUAAUUUAUUCUAUAUAAAAGUUGCACAAAAUUUCUUGCAAAAUCUUACAUAUCUAAAAAUAUUUCAGUGUAUCUGAAUUUAGAAGAAAUUAUUUUAAUGCAUUUUAAAACAAAUUACUUCAUCUAAUAAAUAUACUCAUCCCUCAGUAUCCCCAAAAGAUUGGUUUCAAGGUCCCUGGAUAACAGCAUCCUCAGAAUUUCAAGUUUUUAAGUCAAAUUGCAUAGUGUUUGCAUGUAACCUGUGAACAUCCUCCUGUAUACUUUAAAUCAUCUUUAUAUUAUAUAAAACACCUAAUGUAAUAUAUAUGCUCUAUAAAUAGUUAUACAUUUUGUUUUUUAUUUGUAUUAUUUUUUGUGUUAUGUUAUUUUUUUCCCAAAGGUUUCAUCUGCAGUUGGUGGAGUACACAGAUGCAAAACCCAAGGAUACAGAGGACCAACUGCAAUAAUUGAAGUAAUUAAUUGUUAGUAUAGAGCAUGCAGGUAGAAAGUAGGUGAAUUUUAGUUCCUCAGAGUGUAAUUACAUAUAGUUAUGAGGAGGUUAAGAGAAUAUCUAAUUUUUUCUACUCAUAUUUUCCUCUUUAAUGGUUAAGAUUGAAACAGCAAACACAUCACAAUAAAAAGCCACUGAAAAUGUAUUGUUUUAAUGCAUAACUGACUUAUGUAAUUAAA